AUGCUGCACGCAGCCGCAGCGACUUUUGAACAGAUGCAGAUUCUCACUUCACAGGGAUUCCAAGAUGAAGUUCAUUCUCCCCCCUCGAAGUUUUUUCGGCUAGAUGAGUCAUGGCAGCCCACCUCGCACCCAAGUGUGCCUGGUGGCAGAUUUGGGUCAGACCGUAGUAGUGUGGCGGUGGGCAGUGGGUUCGACGCUUUUAGUGCAGAUGCCUGGGUGGCGAAUGAUUUUGGGUCAGUUUUGGGGGAAGGCGGGCAGCAAGGGCAUGCCGCAGGGGCGAGCGGAAUGCAAGGGCUUCAACGAGAAGUACCAGCAUAUCGAACAGGUUCGUCGGACAUUUAUGAAGCGGAGGUAACUGCAAAACAACGGGCCGUUUUGUCAGUUGGCAGCGCAACCAGCAGUGAAGACGCCCUGAAUGCGGAGGCUUGGCUCGACUACCAUUCAGCUAACAUGUAUCCACAGGCCCUUCAGCACAGGGUAAUAGGCACUUCAUUGCAAAACCCAACGGUGGAUGCAACUUCACCAGAUUCAACUGAUGAAGGUUCUUUUGGAACUGACAGGCGUACAGGUAUAGUCGGCCGUAGGAACUCUCAAGGAGGCUUGCGUCAUGACAGCGCAGUGCCACUAAUUCAAAUGAAAACAGUGCAACAGCUUGAGAGCCAAGCACAAGCCUUUGAGGACACUUUGGGUGGCGUGGGGAGGUCAGUUUCGAUCCCAGCUCUGCGGGCACCCAAUAGUGAUCCUGGGGAGCCCAGCAAGGGUGGCGACGUUCGCCUGCAUCCUUUUGUGCGGCUACCAGUGGUGAAUCCCCGAGAUAUCCGCCGGAGAUUCCGUGCGGAGUUUGCACUGUUGCUUCGUUUUCCCAGGCAGAGUCCUAUGGAGUCAUAUACGACAAUGCGCAGUUUAUUUGCGAAGGCUUCGCUGACUCCUGAAGAAAUUCAGACACUCAUUAGGGAAGCAGAACUCGUGGCAUGCUACGCAAACGACAAACUAACGCGGCCACUCAAGAGACGGCGAGCCAACUACCUGUUUGUUAAAUUGUCGUCUAUAUUUAUGGCCUUUGACCACUUGGUACGCACAAUUGAGCUCCUGGGGGAAAAGAUGAAUACAGGCAGCUGGUGGGCUCAGUUCGUGCAAAGGUUCCACACAGAUUAUUGCUUUUCGGAGAGAGGGAGGAAUGAGAGAACUGAGAUGCUGAACAAGCUGGUCAAUCGACUGAGCGCUGCACUGUCAAUAUAUAAGGGCGGAAGACGCCCGGCAUUUACAGAGAUCAUUGAGCUCAAGCGGGCCAUAAUUUCCCAUGCGUACAAGCGCACUCAGCUUUCGAACCCCUUGUGGAAGCUCUGGAUGGAUGAUGAUAAUAAGUUCUCUUCUUCUAGUAAUGGUCCAAAAGAUCCUUCUGUCGGCGAAGUGCCCGGUCACCGGGAAGCGAGUACACUGUGA